AUGAAAUAAAACUAUGAGUAAACAUGCUAAAAUUAACAAUAUGAAUUAGCUUAAAACGACUAAGAGGAAGAAAAAUUUGAUAACAAACUAGAUAUACAGAGUUAAAAUAACUUUUAGUAAAUGAAAAAUAAUAAAGAUUUGAAAUAGUAAAUGAUGUAUACUCUUCUAUAAUCGCCAAUAAGGCCACCUCAUUAUCAUGAUCAGAACAAUUAAAUAUAGUAAUUUGACUUAAAUUAACCAAUGCAAAGCGGUUUUAAGUUGAAUUAGAUUUAAGAUUUGCAAACCAGCUUUAUUGAUAAUCAAGAAGAAAUGAAAAUAGAGCAUUUUAGGUUUGUUGUUUCUAAAAAUGAGAAAGGCGAAGAGUUUAAUUAAGAUGAUGAAUAAGAUGAUUUAUAAUCGAAGCAAGGGUUAUUUCAUCAUAAUAAUAUUUUAGAAGAUUUAGAUUUGUUAGAAAAUAAAAAUGAUCCAAAUUAUAAAAAGCUUAUGAUAAAGGGAUUAGAUUAUGUCAAUUUUUAGCAUUAUUUUGAGUAUAUAGAUUUAAAUAAUAUUAAUACUGAAAAACUACAAAAAAAGUACAAUCUGAAGGAUAUCAAUUAUUUAUAUCUCUUGUAAAUAAAAUAUGCAAACAUUAAAUGGAAAAUUAGGAGAACACUAGAAUAAAUAAUAUAGUUUGAAAUAUAGUAUGUUAAAUUCAUGAAUGAAAUGGAGCUUGAAGAUUUUGAUGAUCAAGUAUACUUGACUUUGGCAGAAACUCUAGAUUAAGAAGUAAGAGAAAACAAUCCUAACAAAGUUUUGAAAUACAUUGAAGAAUGCUUAAAAAUUAUUGUUAAUUAAUUUCAAUAUGAAUAAGCUGGCAUAGAUCCAUUGAUUAAACAUAAAAACUUAAACGAUAUUUCUCGUAAGUAAUCUACUCUCAUCAACGAAUUUAAAAAUUAUCUAAGAUCGUUUUUAGAGUUCUCAGAUAUAUUUGAAGAAGGGAAGUAAAAGUAUAAAGAAGUGUAUGUUUACAAAAAAGCUGGAGGAAGAUAUAAGCAAAGUUUCUGCUAAAAGCUAAAUUGCAAGAAUUUAUUUGGCUGUUAUGACAAGAGAUAUUUUUUAAUUAGUUAAGAGGGUGUUAUGUACGCAAAAGGUCUUAUUCACCCAGAGUCCACUUUAAGCGAAGUUAUCUUAUUUGAUUAUAAUUUUAAGGUUGAGUAUGGCAAAAAAUAGACUGGCCAAGAGUUUGGAGUUCAUUUUAUUGCACAUAGUAGGACUUUAAGUAUUUAAGCAUUAAAUGUGUUUGAUUACUUAGAUAUUUUGUACGCUAUAAAGGAAGCUUAUGAUAAUUCUAUUUAUGGAGGUGUACAUAGAUUUAAUUCAUUUGCUCCUCCAAGAUCAAAAUGCUUUGCUAAAUGGUAUAUAGAUGGUUAGAAUUACUUUUAGGAUGUUUUUGAUGCAAUUGAAAGUGCUCAAUAGGAGAUAUUUAUCACUGAUUGGUGGUUAUCUCCUGAGCUGUAUCUAAAAAGACCUGCUCAUAAGUUUCCUGACUCUAGAAUUGAUUAGCUUUUUCAAAGAAAAGCAAAUGAGGGAGUUUAGAUAUUCAUUAUAGUUUACCAAGAACCUGAAAUGGCUUUAAAUAUUGAAUCAAAAUACACUCAAAGUAAACUUUAGAGCUUACAUCCUACAAAUAUAAAUGUUGUUCGUCAUCCUAAAUUUCUCAUCCCAUUUAUGUGGAGUCACCAUGAAAAAAUUGUUGUUGUUGAUUAAGAAGUUGGAUUUUUAGGUGGGCUUGACUUGUGCUACGGUAGAUGGGAUACGCAGUUACAUCCUAUGGUAGAUGAAUAAUAAUUAUUUCCUGGUAUUGAUUAUUGUAAUAGUAGGAUUAGAGAUUUUCAAAAUGUAUAAGAUUUUGAAAAAUCAGAUCUUGAUAGAUAGACAGAGCACAGAAUGCCAUGGCACGAUGUGGCUCUCAGAAUAAUUGGACUCCCUGUUAAGGAUUUGGCAAAACAUUUUAUUUAGUAUUGGAAUUUCUCUUAAAUUGAUAUUGGGAACAAAGGAGGGCUUAGAGGUUGCCUCAUACCUCAAGAAAGAGAAGGGUAAAAGAAUAUGUUUAAACCUUACAUUAAGGAAUUCAACUAAAAAUUGAAAGGAAUAAAAAACAAAUUUUAAGGCUAUAUAAAAGAAAAAAUUACUAAAAUAAAGCCAGAAAUUUAAAAUUACCUUAACGAUCACAAUAUAUCAUUUGAAUUUAUAAAUAACCUUGAUGACUUUUACAAGAAAUCAAAUCAAUCACAAGAAAAAAAUAUGAAAACUAGCUUUGAAAUUAUGCUUUUAAAUGAAGAUAAAAAACCAAGAGAUGAAAUUAUUUAACUCUUGCAAUAGCUUAAAUAAAUUAAAGACGAUAACUUAUAUGAUGAAUUUGAAGAUUAAUCUAACUAUUCUCUAAAAUCAGUUCCAUCAUUAUAUGAACAAUAAAAUGAUUCUUAGAAGUCAAACAAUAGCUUUGUAGAAAGAGAAAAAAAUCGCAGAUAAAGUGCCAUAAGCAGUGUCAAUGUAAGUAAAAUAGAAACUGCAACAAGAUUUUCUUUCUACAAAUCGAUGUUUGAUAGAACCCUUGAUGGAAACCUCUCAAAAAUCCAAAAUUAAAUUUAAAACACGAAAAGCAGACUAAAAUUGCAAGCUAAGAAAUAUAAACAAUUAGAAAAAGAUUAAAAUACUCAGCAGUGCUAGAUACUUAGAUCUGCUUCCAAUUGGUCUCUAGGAUUAAGCACUAAAGACACAGAAGCGUCAAUUCAAAUUGCUUAUCUCACUCUGAUAAAUGAAUCUAAACAUUUUAUUUAUAUAGAAAACUAAUUUUUUAUGAGUUCUCAUGCUGGUGCACCUCUAAGAAAUUAAAUAAGUGUAGCUUUAGUUUAAAGAAUUAAAAAAGCUGCUUAAAACUAAGAAAAUUUUUUAGUUAUAGUUAUCUUACCUCUUCUACCAGGUUUUGAAGGAGAAAUUGAUAGUCCAAACUCCAAUGUUAUGAAAAUCUAGCUACAUUGGGAAUAUUAAACGAUAUGCAGAGGUGGUACAUCUAUUUUAGAAGAUUUAGCUAAUGACCCUAACAUUCCUGACCCCUCAAAAUAUAUUAAAUUCUUUGGCUUAAGAACUCACUCAGUCAUAAAUAAUAAACCGGUUACUGAAAUGGUUUACGUUCAUAGUAAAAUGAUGAUAAUUGAUGAUCAGAUCGCUAUUAUUGGUUCAGCUAAUAUAAACGACAGAAGUUUAAAAGGAAAUAGAGACUCUGAAAUAGCUGCUAUAAUUGAAGAUAAUGAUUAGAUAACUUCUAAAAUGGAUGGUUAACCUUACAUGGCAAGUAAAUUUGCCCAUACUUUGAGAUGUGAAUUAUUCAAAGAACACUUUUCUAUUGAAAAUACUAUUGAUCCUUUGAAUCCUUAGCUAAUAGCUCAAAUAGAUAGCCAAGCAUUAUAAAAUACUUUACUUUAUAGAGAGAUUUUUAGAUGUUAUCCAGAUGAUGAACUCAAAGAAAGUAGUAAAUUAGAAGAAUUUAAGUCAAAAGCCAUGACUAAUUACUAUCCUUUGAAAGCUCAUUACUUUAAAGGUAAUGUAGUUUAGUGGCCAAAGAAAUUUUUAGAAAAUGAAAACAUGAAGUUUUCUCUUAACAUGAAGGAAUAUUACUGUCCUGACAUAAAUUUUACAUGA